AUGCAUUUGAUAGACGUGUGGCAUCCUACAGGAGGUGAAGGUCGUCCAUUAGACAUCCGGGUAUCUCCAGCAGCAUAUCAACACAUACUAAACGACUUGCACGUGCGAGGACUCAUUCCGGAAAUUUUGAUACAGGAUGUUCAGGUUGCCUAUGACAACCAACUGGCAUCCAACAGACAAUCUUUAACCGCAGGCUUUGCUUACGAUAAAUACCACAGACUAGACGAGAUAAACGACUGGAUCGUAAAUAUCACUGGAGAGUACAAACAUCUUGCCACACCGUUCGUCAUCACCAAGUCUUUUGAAGAACGAGAAAUCCACGCCAUUAAGAUAUCGGCUCCUGGCAACACCGACGACGACAGCUCGCGACCAGCGAUAUUCAUUGAGGGAGGAAUUCACGCCAGGGAAUGGAUAUCUCCCGCCACGGUCAUAUACAUGACGAACCAGCUUCUAUCUGGCUAUGCAAAUAAUAGUGACAUCAAAGAGAUACUGAACACUUUCACCUGGUAUAUCCUUCCUGUCUUUAACGUAGAUGGAUACGAGUUCACCUGGUCUAAGGAUCGAAUGUGGCGGAAGACGAGAAGUAGACAUGGUGUUUGUCUAGGAGUGGAUCCCAACAGAAACUGGGACUAUGAGUGGGGAAAACACGGCGGAUCUAGCCCGAAUCCUUGUAGUGAAACGUACCGGGGACCAAAGCCCUUCUCCGAGCCCAGCGUCAGGGGCGUGGCCGAGUACAUUCAGGAGAUCAAGGAGCCUGUUAGGGGAUUUAUCGACUUUCACAGCUUCUCCCAGCUCUGGAUGACGCCGUGGGGGUACACACACGACCAGCCUAAAGACUUCAAACAGCAGGAUCAGUCGUCAGUAUCGGCGGUGAAAGCUCUGGAAUCAGUUUCAGGGACCUCCUAUGAACACGGAACUAUCGCUAAUACAAUCUACGUCGCCGACGGCAACAGCGUGGACUGGGUGUACGGCAAGCUGGGGGUGAAGUAUUCGGCGGCGGUCGAGCUGAGGGACAGGGGAGAGUACGGAUUCCUGCUGCCAGCCAAUCAGAUCGUACCGUGUGGGAACGAGACAUUACAAGCUCUCCUCGCAUUCGCCAAGUUUAUUAAAAACAAUCCGUGAACAGCCUCUCAUUGGUCGGAAUAAAAACUAUGAAUAUUAAUGAGUGAAUAAAACUAUGAAUA